CUAUUCAGCAAAUUUUGAUAUGCAUGUAUAGGAUCGACGAUAAAAAACUUAUUCGAGUAUAUUCCAACCUAUAAGCAAAGCGAGAAAAGUGAGAAACGAAAUAACUCGACAUUGAGUGCUUUCAACUGACGAAAACUGAGUGCAAGUUUGUGAUUUAUCGUUUCUGCUGGAAAUUCGAACCAUGUCUUCACACGAAAUGAAACCGCUCGUGGACGGUACAAAGAGACGAAUCAAUUCAAUAACGUCUUUAGAACACGAAGCAGUAACAGAAAUGGGGCUGAAAGAAGGCGUGGAACAAGAAAAAGUCUGGGUGCAAGUUUUAGCGGAUACAGUUGCCUGCCUAUCUGCAGUAUCUGUGGGACUGUUGUUCUCGUGGACUUCUCCCUUCAUAGUGAAGAUAACCGGUGACAAAAUCAACUACGACAUCACCGAUGAUGAAGCUCUCUACCUCACAGUCAUUCCCCCCAUAGCGAUGGUCCUCUGCUGCCCAAUUUUCUCCAAGCUGUGCGACAUCAUCGGCAGAAAACGUACCCUGAUGCUGAUUACCAUCCCCCAUCUGAUGAGCUGGAUCCUCACGAUAGUUUCAUCGAACAUUUUCGUUCUGUACUUCUCAAGAUUCUGGGCUGGUGCAGGUGACGGAUGUCUCUUCGCGGCUCUUCCCAUGUACGUUGGGGAGGUGUCCACGCCAAGGGUGCGAGGAAUAUGGGGAAAUUUAGUAAACGUUUUCACGUAUUUCGGGGUGUUCCUGAUAAACGCCAUAGGAUCUCAGUUCAGCGUAGAAAUGACUGCUUAUAUAUGUAUUCCCCUUCCUAUAAUCUUCUGUAUUGCCAUGAGUUACAUGCCCGAAUCUCCCUAUUGGUUCAUAAUGAGAGAUAGGGAAGACGAUGCCAAAGCUUCGCUUAGACGCCUGAGAUCCAAAGAAAACGUUGACGACAUCUACCUGCAGCUGAAAUCAGACGUGGCCAGACAAAUGUCAGAAAAGGGCACUUGGACGGACCUGUUCAUGAACGAAACCAACAGAAAAGCCCUGAUAGCAGGAAUCUUCCUUAGAGUGUCUCAGCUACUUGGAGGAGUAACAGUAUUCAGUGUAUAUACUCAAUACAUUUUUGAACAAUCUGGUGCCGAGCUGAGCUCAGAAAUACCAGCGAUGAUCUAUACCGGUUUGUGCUUCGUCCUGAUAUUCAUCGCAGGAUUCGUAGUGGAAAAAUUCGGGAGACGUAAAACGUUUAUGAACUCCAUACUUUUCUGCGGUAUCGUGUUGUUGCUCGAGGGUAUUUAUUUCUAUUUGGACACAGAAGUAGCGAGCGUGGAUCUGUCUUCUAUUAAAUGGUUUCCUAUAGUAGGAAUGAUCCUGUAUAUAAUAUUUUGCUCUUUCGGAAUUAUCCUCAUCCCCACGCUCAUGUUGGCUGAACUUUUUUCAGCCAGUGUCAAAGCCAAAGGUGUGAGCGUGUUGGUGAUGACAUUUGGUAUUAUGUUAUUUGUUGCUAAUAAUCUAUUCAAUUUGCUCAAAGUCCAUGUGGGGAUGUACGCUCCAUUUUUGUUCUUUGGUGUGAGUAAUCUGAUAUCAACGUUCCUUACUUUAUAUUUUGUGCCAGAAACCAGUGGGAAAACUUUGGAAGAAAUACAACAAAGUUUGAAAAAACAAUCAGGAGUAGUAUAGAAAAUGUUUAUUUAUUUAUUUAAUUCUUUAUUUUAUUACGCUUGUAGCCUAAUGUGAAUAAUUAGAAUUAAGAUUUUAUGAUAAGAAAGAAAAAGACUUAUUUUAAUAUUAAAAAUAAAAAAUCA